CCCCACCUCCACCUGCCUCCACCUCCUCCGUGUUCGGCGGUGGUUGUCGGCAAUCGUGGGGCCGGUGGUCUGGCGGUGUGAAACGUGCGAAGGCUAACAAGAACUAGUCUACCUGACCCGCUCGUUCAUUCUAUUACACUGAUCUCGGCUCGUUUCAUCGGCUCCAUGCCGAUCGGACACCGUUGCGCGAGUUCCUAGCGAGGGCGUGACGUACUACCCUUGAAGUCAAACCUGCGGAGAAGGGGCGGAAAAACACAAAAAUCCGGCUCCGUGAUCUCGGCGAUAUCAACAACGGCAACGAGGCGACAGGAAAGAUGUCCCAUCAAACCGGAAUCCAGGCCAAUGCAGGGCUGAAGAAGUUUUUUGCAAGGUGUAAGGAUGGCACAGUGAGGGUGUUCAAGGUAUCGAUUGUUGAAGGUGAGUUACCCGAUGCCUGUUUUGCUUCAAUGAACCAAGGUUUCAGAGCUGCCCAGCUACCGGUUGAUGUUCCUAAUCGAAUUGCAGAAGAGCUGACCUUGGUCGACCACAAGGCACCCAAGGGCUCGUGGGAACAAGACUAUGACUCCCUGGUCUUACCGCUGGUGGAAGGUGGUCAGCCGUGCUACCUGUUCUUCCGGCUGGACAGCCCCUGCCAGAACGGUUACAACUGGCUCUUCAUCAGCUGGUCCCCUGAUGACUCUCCUGUGCGCCAGAAAAUGCUGUACGCUUCGACCAAAGCGACCCUGAAAAAGGAGUUUGGCGGCGGCAACAUCUCGCACGAGCUCUUCGGCACCAACCGGGAGGAGAUGCGUCUACCCGGGGUGCGCCGUCUGCUGAGCACGGAGGCGGCACCUGCGCCCCUGACGCUGGCGGAGCAGGAGCUCAACGUCAUCCGCAAGGGGGAGGCCUCGGCCAACGUCGCCAUCGAUGCACGCCACCAGACGCUGCGGGGACUCCACUUCCCCAUGUCGGACGAUGCUGUGGCUGCCCUCUUUGACCUGAAGGACGGACAGCUCUCCUAUGUUCAGCUGAGCAUCGACACGGACAAAGAGGAGAUCAACCUGGCGUGCCGCGACAAUGUGGCGGUCACGGGUUUGGCGUCGCUGGUGCCCAGGGACCGUCCCCGCUACCACCUGUUCCUCUUCCCACACAACCACGAGGGAGAAAAGCUCAGGAGCAUAGUGUUCAUCUACUCCAUAGCGAGUCACGAGUGCCCCGUGAAGGAGCGCAUGCUCUACUCGAGCUGCAAGUCCCCUCUGGUCGAGACCAUAGAGACCCAGGUGGAGCUGCCCAUUGCCAAGAAGGUGGAGAUCGACGACCCGAGCGAGCUGAACGAGACCUUCCUGCUGGACCAGCUCCAUCCCAAGCAGAACAUCGUCAAGCAGAAGUUUGCAAAGCCCAAGGGGCCUGCCAACCGCGGUGCCCGCCGCCUCAUCAAGUCCAACGAAGCGGGCGGCGAGUAGCCGCCGCGCCAAUGCCCGUUCCCCUCAUCGGGGGAAGGAGAGCCCACCGCCGAUGCCACCCCGCUGUGUUUUGCCUUACGAAGGACCGCAGAAGACGAUCCGAGCCGCCCCGGCGCCGCAAACGUUUCGCACAAUUACAUGCCCUGCACGUUGCUGCGCCCCUCCCAAAGGACUCUCGACGCUUGCGAGGCAUUAAAUUGGCUUCGACAGCUCAUAAUUGGGGUUGCACGUUUUCGGUAAUUGCUGAUGAAACUCGAAAAUCGACCCCGUCACUGGUUUUCUCAAAAUCGGGGAAAACCGAAAAACCCGUAUUAAAGUUGUCGUCUGAUACAAAAAAAAAA